UGUCCGGAGGAAACUGAGUUUCAGAGCUUUUUGGGAUACACCAACAUAUAAGGAGAAAUGAAACAGAUAUACACAAAAUUGGGCGAGGGUGAAGGGUCAUCAUCACAUAACUUAUAAUGGUUGUCCUCUCUGAAUUUUCAGAAGGAUCUUCAUCAUCUUCAUCAACUCAUGGUCAUAGAUACGACGUGUUUUUAAGUUUCAGAGGUCUCGACACUCGUAAUAGUUUCACUGCUUACCUUCUUAAGGCUCUUGUGGAUGCCAAUAUCACUACCUUCUUGGAUGAUGAAGAGAUUGAAACCGGGGAAGAUCUGAAACCAGAAUUGGAGAGCGCUAUUAAGGCAUCUAGGGCUUCUGUUAUUGUUUUGUCCAAGAAUUAUGCUAGUUCAUCAUGGUGCCUUGAGGAAUUAGUUUUGAUCCUUAAGCAACGUGUGAAAUCCAACCAAAUUGUCAUCCCCGUAUUUUAUCACGUUGAGCCGACCCAUGUCAGGAAACAACAAAGUAGCUUUGGAGAUGCAAUGGCUAAGCAUAGACGGAUGAUGGAGGCGGAGACAAAUGAAAAUAAAAAAAGUCAAUGGGAUCAAAAGAUUGAUCGAUGGAAUAAAGCACUUAAAGAAGUUGCUGAUUUGAAAGGGAAGGACGUAACCGGCAGGUUAGAGAUGGAAUUCAUUGAAGAAAUUGUCCAGGACAUCUACCAUAGAUUACGUUUACCCUUAAACAGUCCUCUGCCACUGCUUAUUGGAAUGGAGGAUUCCAUUACAUUUGUCACUUCAUGGUUGAAAGAUGCAUUAUCGCAUACGAUUGACAUACUCACUAUUUUGGGUAUGGGUGGGAUCGGGAAGACAUCUUUAGCCAAAUAUAUCUAUGGAUUACAUAGUCUUGAAUUCGAAACAAGCAGCUUUAUUGGAAAUAUCAGUAGGAGAUGUGAUGAAAAAUUUAGUGGGUUGCUUGAGUUACAAAAACAACUCUAUGAUGAUAUUUCAAAGGCACGUUCAAUCAAAGUUCAUGAGGUUUCUAUAUACACCUCAAAGAUAGAGAAUGUCGUAAGUCGUAAAAAAGUGUUCCUAGUUCUUGAUGAUGUUGAUAGUCUCCAUCAGUUGGAUUCAUUACUUGGGAGCAAAGGUUUUCAUCCGGGAAGCAAAGUUAUAAUAACAACAAAAGACGCAUGGUUGACAGAGAGUUGUGCACAAUUUAAAACGAAUGUUAAACCCAACCAUGCCAAACACUUUCUUCAAGUCUUAGAUGAAACUGCAUCACGAGAACUAUUGUGUUUUCAUGCAUUCAUGUCCUACACACCCAAGGCAAAUUAUGAGGAGGUGACAGGAAACUUUGUGAAGUAUUGUGAAGGACAUCCAAUGGCUCUUGAAGUUUUGGGCAAGUCUUUACAUAAUCGAGAUGUAGCAUACUGGGAAGAUUGGAUAAAACAACUAACGAAAGAACCCGGUUCUCCUAUAGAUAAUGUUUUGAGAAUGAGCUUCAAUUCUUUGCCAUCAAAAAAUGAUAAAGAUUUGUUUAAGCAUAUUGCUUGCUUUUUUGUUGGAAAAGAUAGAGAUGUUACUGAAACAAUAUUGGAGGCAUGUAAUAUAAACAUAAGAUCUGGGAUCACAAAUCUUGUUGACUGAUGCCUUCUUAGUAUCGGAUCAAAUAACGAAUUGAUGAUGCAUCAAUUGCUUCAAAAUAUGGAAAGAUUCAUAGUACAUCAAGAAUCACCUCACAAGCCAUGGAAGCGAAGUCGAUUAUGGUGUCAUGAAGAGUCAUUCAAAGUGUUGAAACAAAACAAGGGUACAGAAAAUGUUCUAGGCCUUGUCCUUGAUAUGCGAAUGCUUGAGAAAAAGAAGUUUCAUGCAUCAUUUGAGCUAAAAACAGAUGCAUUAAGUAACAUGGACAAUUUGAUGCUACUACAACUCAAUUAUGUGCAAACUACUGGGCCUUAUGAGAAUUUUUCAGAAGAACUAAGAUGGUUGUGUAUGCAUGGGUUCACUUUAAAGUCUAUACCUUCGGACUUGCCGAUGGAUAAUCUGGUUGCUCUUGAUAUGUCAUAUAGCAAUAUUGAAUCAUUUGGAAUUCGUUAUAGUUAUCCACAACGACUUCAAAAGAGGCAAAAGCUGUUAACUGGAUUUUGCUUAGAAGACAAAAGGGGCUUGCGAAGUGAUGUUUGGUUUUCUGGACCAAAGGAAUCUGAAAUCCAGGUGUAUUAUGAAUUUGGAAUAUUCAGCACAAUUUAUGGAGUUUGUGUGGAGAAGGCGCCUGUUUUAAAGAUGAGGUGCAGUUCAGAGCUUUCUCUUAAAGGAAGUCCAACGUACCAGAGGAUGGCCCCUAAGUUUACAAAGAGGGAGGAGUCGACUCUGCUAGACACAUUACUGUUGGUGACACAUUAACAGCAACUCCUUGCUAUAUAUUUAAAAAAAAUAAUAUAAUGAUAAUUUUCAUUAUAAUGUUAAAAUAUGUUUUUAAUGUGUUUGAAGUUGAAAAAAGGUUUUAGUGUAAAAUUUACACAACAAUGUUAUAGGUUAUAAUGUCAUUGUUGGAGUUGGUCUAAAUAAAGAAGCACCGCUUUUAUAUAUAUAUAUAUAUUUUUUCUAAAAUUUCAAAGAAAAUACCAUACACAAAUUGGUAUCAAUUCUUGAUUUUUAAUAUCCAUGAGUUUAUUAAUUGUUUUAUCAUGAUGUUUAGAAAGAUAUAAUAAGUUUCAGUCAAAUAUGUAAUUAGAAGUAUUAUUAAAGAUCUUGUGUCAAGUUUUAUUUUUUAGGGAUAAUGACUUGAUAGGGUAAGUUACUUUUUGAAAUGUACACAUUUAGUCCUUAUUCUUUUUUUUUGUAAAUUAAACCCUUAUACUUUAUUAAUAUGCACACAAUAGGUCCUUUUGACCGGAUUCUAUAGGUUUUGCUGAUGUGGAAGCACACAUGACACUAAAAACAACUGCAUAACAAUUAAUUAGCUUAGUCACUCCUUAUAAACGAAUGUUAACAUCCAAAAUCAGGAGGAAUCACCUUCAAACUCGAACACAUAGUAGAUAAGAGAAGUGGAGAAUUCGUAGAAGAAGAAAGAAGAUGUCGAGUAGCUCAAGAAUCUCCACAUGUUCAAGCAAUCACAAAGUAGAUAAUGAAGUCCUCUGUGAUUGUGAACUCCCUUCAAGAAUUCGUACCUCCAAGACCAAAGAUAACCCUGGAAAGAAAUUCCGAGUGUGCCCUAACUCAUUGAAACCAGGGAAAAAGUGUAAAUUUUAGGAAUGGAUUGAUGAAGAACCUGAGAAUAUGAAGCCCAUUGCAGAAGAUACUCUUUCAGAUGUUGCGGAUUAUCUUAUACAAGUUUUAGAGGAUGUGGCAUCUGUUAGAGAAGAAGUGAAACAGUUGAAGUGUAUGAUUUGUGUACUGAUUCUGCUGGUCAUUGUUAAGCUUAUGUUUUAGGGUUGAAGAUAUACUUCUGGAGGUUUUAGGGGAUUUUGAUGUAAUAGACUUGUUGUGUAAUUCUUGUUUAUGUAAUGGA